GCAAAACAUGAACUCAUCCAUUUGUUGUUAAGAAUUUAAAAAGUUGAUAUUUAAUGAAUGUGCAUUUAAAUUUAACCAGAAAAAAAAGGGGGAGAAAAAAAAGUGAUUGGCCUUUGCUUUAUGUAUUGGCAAAUGGCAGUAUGGCACCUGAAAAUCAAAUAAAUACUAGCUGGCUCGUAGCUGGCUUUUUCCUGCUAUUUAAAAGGCUCUUCCAUUUUUUCUCACUCAUCACACACUUCUCGUUCUCUCUCUAAGCCAUCACCCCUCUUUCACCUGAUAAUUGAUAUGCACCAUUUGCUUCUCUUUCUACCAGUUGUGUGGUGGGUAUCGGAUAAUGAUGAGAGCUGUUUAUGAUAAGCGUUUGUAUUGGGUGAUAGCGAAAGGAUCUGGGGAUUGUCGGUUUGGAUUGUGUGGAGUUGAGGAUACAGGAUUGUGUAGCUGAGAUAAGUAGUUUGCCGGCCGGGAAGUAGUCGCCGGCGACGAGAUGAGCGCGUCGAGGUUUAUAAAGUGCGUGACCGUCGGAGAUGGUGCUGUGGGUAAAACUUGUUUGCUCAUUUCCUACACUAGCAACACCUUUCCCACUGAUUAUGUCCCAACAGUGUUUGACAAUUUCAGUGCCAAUGUUGUUGUGGAUGGUAGCACUGUAAACCUAGGAUUGUGGGACACUGCAGGUCAGGAAGAUUACAAUAGACUCAGACCAUUGAGCUAUCGUGGGGCUGAUGUCUUUAUACUAGCAUUCUCUCUAAUUAGUAAGGCCAGUUAUGAGAAUGUGUCCAAGAAGUGGAUACCUGAACUGAGGCAUUAUGCUCCUGGAGUUCCGAUAAUUCUCGUGGGAACCAAGCUUGAUCUUCGAGAGGAUAAACAGUUCUUCGUGGAUCACCCUGGAGCUGUAUCCAUCACAACUGGGCAGGGAGAGGAAUUGAAGAAGUCGAUUGGGGCUUCUGCUUACAUUGAGUGCAGUGCCAAGACACAACAGAAUGUGAAGGCUGUCUUUGAUGCGGCAAUUAAGGUUGUUUUGCAGCCACCGAAGCAAAAGAAGAGGAAGAAGAGAAAGGGUCACAAGGCCUGCAGUAUACUCUAAACUGCAUAUCGAAACGCAACUAAAGGGAGGCACGAAUCUUGUGCAUUUUCCUGGUUGAGCUUGCAAUUAACUUGUCAAUUCUUGGCUUGUUCUUAUACUUAUGAUAAGGCUCUUGAAGCAUCAUCACAUUCAAGUAAUCGGUUUGUAAUCUUUUAGCCGCAGCUCAGUAUAAGUAUGUUUGUAUGAUUGAUUGAGAUGUGUGGUUAUAU